AUGGACAAUCUGGUGACCUUAGCCGUCAAUCUGCCUGGGAUGAUGCACGCUGAGACUGUCACCUGUGAUUUUCCCUGUCUUCGGACGCUUGAAGUUGCAGGAGAACUUCAGACCAUCACUCGUUUUCUCGAGGCUGUAUCCUCUCCAUGCCUCGAGGAGCUCGUCAUCAAGGUACCCACAUCCACCUCCGCACCAGUAGCGGAAAAUUAUCGUCAAUGCUUUGAAGUCUUGCGCACACGCUUUUCUGCCUCUUUAGAGAGCAUUGUCUUUCAGGGGACAAGAAACGCAUGGAAUGCGGAUUCUCCGUCCUUGCCAGCUGCAUCCAAGCAGAUACUGGAACCUCUCCUCUGUAUUCACCAGCUCAAAAGGCUCGAGCUGACUUUUCCCCGUACCAUCCCACUCGAGCUGACAAACGAAGAUGUACAAGCAAUGGCACUAUCUUGGCCGCGAGUCACAGUGCUGGAUAUUUACUAUCCUGGGCCCGUCUCAGCCGUAUAUCCGUCUGUGUAUUCGCUCAUCUCCUUCGCAUCUCAUUGUCCUAAGCUGCAUACCGUGUCCCUCCCAUGCCUCGACACCCCUGCGGUGCCUUCGUUGGGCCUCCCAGCGCCUCCAGUAUGUUGGCACGGCCUGCAAGAGUUACUCAUCCCGAAUCAGUUGGUGUCUGUUACAGAUGCCGACUCGGUCGCGUGCUUCCUGGAUUGUCUUUUUCCUUGUCUGGAUGUUACAUCACUAGGCAGUGAGGAAUGCCUGGGAGAUCAGUGGGAAUGUGUGCGCCGCAAAAUGUACUACCUCCAGAAGUCGAGGAGUAUGAUGCCGGUAGUGGGUUAG